AUGGGCGUUGGAAGAUGGUUCGUCGUUUGGCGGCUGCGGCUCGAGUUGUUGGUUUUUCUCUGUCGCUUCGUCAUCGUUCGAACGCUUGGGAGAUGGGUGCCGUCGCUCAAGCGAUUGUUUUCGAGCCUAUUCCCCGACGUCCGAGUGUCGUGUGCGCCCACGGAGGUGGCGAAGGGACGACGCGGCGCGAGCGGCAGUUCGCGCGUCGAGCAGUGUCACGUCGACGGGGGAGUCGAGCUCGAGCGAGGACGUUCGGGUGUGGGGGUGUGGUAUGCGUACGGGCAUAGGUUGAAUUACGCUGCGAGUGCGUCGGGGCGGUCGAUGGAUAAUAACGCGGUGGAGAUGUGCGCGGUGUACGCGGCGCUGAGUCGGCACGAUGGCGAGGCGCCGCUCGAGUUGAGGAGUGAUUCGAGGUGGGUAUGCAAGGCGCUCGAGAGGUUGACGUCGGGGAACGUGGUUGGAAUGCGAGUGAACGCAGUGACGAUCGGGGCGGCGUUUGUGUUGAGCCAACGAACGGGGGGUACGAUUAUUCAAAAGGUGCGCGCGCACGUAGGCGGGAAUCACACUGACAACGCCAGGGCGGAUCAGCUCGCGGCGGUAGGGAUGCGAUCGACCGAAGAGCCGUCUUUCGUUCCGGACGCAAGUGAUAAGGACGGAUUCUUUCAUCUCGUGCGCGCGUUGUGGCGAGCGGACGUGGUGAGAGCGUUGACAGAGCGCUUCAUCGUGCGCUCGCCGGCGACCGGGAACGGGUGCAUCGACGGAACCGGAUCGAGCGAGGAGCGAAGGAAGGCGCACACGGACGUGAGUAGAAACGUCAAAAAGAUGGACGGUGUUAAAGAGCUCGUUCGACCGAAGCCAUUGAACAAUGACUUUUCGAUUACGGAUGUCUUGGCGCUUGAUUGCGAGAUGGUCGGUGUUGGCGACGGCGGAUUAGAGAGCAUUCUUGCCCAAGUUUGCGUCCUUAACGAGCACGGAAAUACCGUAUACACGUCUUAUAGCCGUGCCUACAGGGCUGUCACCGAUUAUCGCACGCAAGUGUCGGGUAUUUCACAGAGACACGUGGACGAGAGCGCACCGGAGUUUCACAAGGUCCGGUGCACAGUUGCUGAGCUCAUUAAGGGGCGCGUCGUCGUCGGUCACGCGCUCGAGAACGAUUUCAAAGCACUCCAACUCCAUCAUCCUCGAGAGGACGUUCGCGACACCGCGGUUUGGCGCCCGCUUCUUCGUCCACCGAGAUUCCUCAAGCCUCGAAGGCUCAGGCACCUCGCUCGGGAUUUUGUCUCGCUCAAGAUACAGUGCGGCGACUCCCACGAUCCCGCCGAGGACGCCCUCGCUGCGCUGUACAUCUACCGUAGGUUCAAGGAUGAGUGGGAGGGUCAGAUAGCCGCCUCGGAACAGGGCAAGCGCAAGCCACAGCGCGACGUGUAA